CUGUACUUGUCAAACCAGCUCCUAGGGCAGUACAGGGUUGUGACUGGUGGUUCAGGGUUCUCUCCCCACUUAAGCCCUUCCCUUUUGAUACAAACAGCAAGACCAUCCUGUUCAGCAGUUGACGAAUGACUGUGUGUACCACAAGGCAACAAAGAUGAGGCAAGUGAUGCAUUUGUAACUCCGUGUCUGACUGAAUUCCAGUUUUCUCCUUUCCAAGUGGUGAAACAGGAAGCAACAUCCCAUCAGGAAGAACCUGAGGGUGCCAUCCAGUAGCUUUGCUUCACGUCACGACUGCCCUCAGUCAGAAAUCUUGACUUGCAACUUUAGAGGGUGGGUCUCUGAAGGAAUUUCAGGGCUUACGCAGAGAUGAGGGGUGUUGCUCUCUGAUGAGAACGGGGCUGGCUGGAACGCUGGAAGCCAGUCUCUGACUGCACUUCACAAGCAACAUUUGUGGGCUGACAUUUCAGAAAGGGAUGUUGUAAAACAAAAGGUGACAUUUACAUACAUUACCCGAGUUCCUCAGUAGAAAGCUCUCAUAUAUACUCAGGGACCUGGCUUCCUCUUUAUCUGUGGGUGCGGGACAGAUGCUCCAAAUUCCUUCUUCAUCAAGAGGCAGCCUCACACCCUCCUCUAAGGUCUACUCUCUUUCGUAAAAUGAUUCCUUUGGUGGCACUGCCCAAGACAGGUUUCAUGAGAAUGUUUUGGAUGUUUAAAGAAUGGUUCUGGUUGGAAAGAUUCUGGCUUCCUCCGAUGAUAAAGUGGUCAGAUCUUGAGGAUCACGAUGGACUCGUCUUUGUAAAACCUUCUCAUUUAUACAUCACAAUUCCAUAUGCUUUUCUCUUACUGAUUAUCAGACGUGUAUUUGAAAAUUUCGUUGCUUCACCUCUAGCAAAAUCGUUUGGCAUUAAAGAGACAUUUCGAAAGGUUACACCAAAUACUGUCUUAGAGAGUUUUUUCAAACAUUCCACAAGGCGACCAUUGCAAACUGAUAUUUAUGGACUGGCAAAGAAGUGUAACUUGACAGAGCGCCAGGUGGAAAGAUGGUUUAGGAGUCGGCGGAAUCAAGAGAGGCCUUCCCGCCUGAAGAAAUUCCAGGAAGCUUGCUGGAGAUUUGCAUUUUACUUAAUCAUUACUGUUGCUGGAAUUGCAUUUCUUUAUGAUAAACCUUGGUUAUAUGACCUAGGGGAGGUUUGGAAUGGCUAUCCCAAGCAGCCCCUGCUGCCAUCCCAGUACUGGUACUACAUUCUAGAAAUGAGUUUCUAUUGGUCGCUGUUAUUUAGACUUGGCUUUGAUGUCAAAAGAAAGGAUUUUCUAGCUCAUAUCAUCCACCACCUGGCUGCUAUUAGUCUGAUGAGCUUCUCUUGGUGUGCUAAUUAUAUUCGCAGCGGGACCCUUGUGAUGAUUGUACAUGAUGUGGCUGACAUUUGGCUCGAGUCUGCUAAGAUGUUUUCUUAUGCUGGAUGGACGCAGACCUGUAACGCCCUGUUUUUCAUCUUCUCUGCCAUAUUUUUCAUCAGCCGCUUCAUUGUUUUUCCCUUCUGGAUUUUAUAUUGCACGCUGAUCAUACCUAUGUAUUACCUCGAGCCUUUCUUCUCCUACAUCUUCCUCAACCUACAGCUCAUCAUCUUGCAGGUCCUUCACCUUUACUGGGGUUAUUACAUCUUGAAGAUGCUCAACAGAUGUAUAUUCAUGAAGGACAUCCAGGAUGUGAGGAGCGAUGAUGAAGAGGAAGAGGAAGAGGAGGAGGAAGAGGAAGAGGUGACCAAAGGCAAAGAGAUGGAUUGUUUAAAGAAUGGCCUCGGGGCUGAGAGGCACCUCAUUCACAAUGGUCAGCAUGGCCGUUAGCUGGAAGCCCACAGGACGCCCCCGGCACUGUGUGCUGCAAUGACUUUGGCAGCCUGGCUUCCAGGCCCCACACAGACCCCAGAUUCUGGCCUCCUCUCUUUCUUACCACCGCCUUCCCUCCCACCUAAGAUUUGUUCAACAAGGUGUUGUUAACUUGUGUUAAAAUGUUAAAUAUAAGCGUGCCCAUGGAUUUUUA